CAAUGGAAGACGCUGUAUACUUAUAGAACAACAACAACAACAACAAGAUUUGGAAGAUUGAAGAUUAGAAAAAACCUUAGUCUAUGGGAAAGUCAAGAAACCUUCCACUGCAGAAUCAACCACGCCGCGGCCGCCGCCACUGUGCGCAGCAGAGUAAACUGUAAAGCAGCCAGAAGCGAAGAUGUGGUGUUGAAAGACCGUCAUACCAUACUCUGCAUGGUGGGGUGUUGUGGAAUCGGGUGAUUUCGUUUAUGGCCGAAAGCCAGCUGACGCGACAUUGGUGUUGAGAAUAAGGAGGAUGGGGAUCCGGUGGAGCCCCCCAUGGGGUGUUGGCUGUCUUGUACGUGGCCUUCCUGGGCUUCUAUCUGUGCUGGGGGAGACGCUGUGGCCCCUGCUGCCCGUCCCCCUCAACUGGGCCUCCACCUCCGGCCACAGUAGUCCCCGCGUCAGCGUGGCGGGUGUCCUCUGCGGCGCGGUGGUGGCGGCGCAGCGCGUGGUGAAUCGCUUAAUUUGGGAAAUGUGGUCUGAACAGGCAUGCGCCGCUCCAACACCUGCGAACUGGUCUUCGAAGACUGCAAAGUGCCGGCGGAGAACGUGCUCGGCCAGAUCAAUAAAGGCGUAAAAACGAUGUCGGGGCUGGACACGGAGCGCCUGAUCCUGAGCGCCGGGCCGGUGGGCAUCAUGCAGGCCUGCUGCGACACCACCUUCGACUACGUGCACCAGCGCAAGCAGUUCGGCAAGCAGAUCGGCACCUUCCAGUUGAUGCAGGGGAAGAUGGCGGACAUGUACACGACGCUGAGCGCCUGCCGCUCCUACGUGUACAACGUGGCGCGCGCCUGCGACGCCGGCCACUUCAUCAAGGACUGCGCCGGCGCCAUCCUCUACGCCGCCGAGUCGGCCACGCAGGUGGCGCUGCAGGCCAUCCAGGCGCUGGGCGGGAACGGCUACAUCAACGACUACCCCACCGGGCGGUACCUGCGCGACGCCAAACUGUACGAGAUCGGCGCCGGCACCAGCGAGGUGCGCCGCUCCCUCAUCGGCCGCCGGUUGAACGACGAGUACGGCAUGUGCGCCUAGUGCACGGGAAGGGAAAAAGAUUGGCUCCGUCCGCACUCAUAACCCGGGAAGAGGAGCAGGAAGCCGCUUUGCUGUUUUCGGCAACAGAUCAUUUUACCGAAUUUACGGCGUAAUUGGUUCAGUAUGGAAUUUACGGGUCGUUUCACGAGAUGAUAGAGUAGUAUGCGACUGAUUCAUUGCACAAAGGGUUGUCGGGUUGUUGACGCUCUACCUGGAGUUUGUCGAGCGCAGUCAGCGCACACUGGUAGAGUUAAAGGUUGGGGAUAAUUAAUUUCAGGGUUUUAUCUGUUUUACCAGCUGUUCAUCGUUUUACCAUACGAUACUUGUUCUGUUUAAUCGCGAAGGAAGGUUGUGUUAACUUUUUACUCAUUUUGAAAAAGAUUUACGAUUACAUCAUUACCGUUUUAACAAGGCUGCGCUAUUCUGUAUUGCUGGGAAAUGGUAUUGCGAAAAAAAGAUUCAUCCCGGCUGCGGUUAGUGCUACCGCCCCUGAGUCUGCUCAACGGGUAGGUUUGGCAGACGCGUGAGUGCUGGUGGCGAAUUUUUCAGAAACUGUUAGUGUUAGACACUUUUACGUUUUACCCAGGAGUAGCUUUGUCGAUGCUUUGGUAGAACAGGUUUUUGAUUUGUUUUACAUAUUCAGAACUGCGAU